UUUGCUUACCUUUUUCCUAACUCCAUAAUGCAGUGCGUCCGCUCUGCACUUCCGCGCCGGGUCAUCUCGGUGGCGCACCAUGGUCCGGUCGGAGGCAAAAUUCAUGAGUGUAUGAGCGUCACGCCGUCACAGCCAGUGACUCGACGUGACUCUCCCCACCGCGGAGGCUGGGAACGAGGGUACGAACAGACAUUUGUGGAUAGGUACUGAGUCGCAAAGACGAAUCCUUACGGCAUGGGUGCA